AUGACGUCCAACAAUUACAAUGGAGGCGGUUAUACUAGUAACCACCAGUACUCUGCAUACCAAUCUAAUAACCCUGCCGGUUCGAUCUCACGACAAUACCAACAACCUGCUGCCCCAUCGUAUACCGCGCCGCCGAUCAGUACUCAAUCAUAUGUUCCGUAUUCGAACGACACCUACAGCAACCAUGGGGUUUAUGCAAGCCACGACAAUACACUGGCAGGGAGCAGUUUUGGACACAAUCGUGAACCCCACAAUAGAGCCGCCGAAGUGCUGAGUAACAUGUCCAACAUGAGCUACACAAACUCGACCGCAACAGAUACAGCAGCAGUGCACGCAGCGCGCUAUUCGAAUGCUUCUCCCGUGCCGCGGCAAGCAGCUCAUGCUGCACCUAUCCCUCCCCAAGCCGCGUAUGGCCAAGUCCAGGCGCGUCCCCGUAGCACGAAUGCUAAACGUGGACUUCCCUCGCCAGCUACUGGUGUCGCGUAUCCUUCACAGCAGACAACGAAUGUAUACAAUCAUCAACCACAGCCGAAGCGAACAUCAAGUCCCGCUACAAUCCACUAUCAAUAUCCUUCCCACAUACCGCCAGCGCAGUCAGCACAGUCCAAGCCUGCCGACCCAGUCCGACAAUUGCCUAGCAUAGACUCUGCUGGCCUGUCACACGCGAGUACCGUGAACGUCCCUGAGCGGUUCGACAGCAAUGCAGUCAAUACGGUGGAUCCCAUGGCUGUUUACGAUCUAUGGCCGGAAUACCGCCGACAACAAGAAGCUCUUAGGGAACAAGAAGCUCUUCGAGCACAAAAAGCGGCUGAAGUUGCAGCUCGUGCGGAGAAAGAGCGUAGAGCUGAACAAAAGCGCAAAGAAGAAGAGCAACAAUUGGAAGAGAGGCGUAAAGAGGAAGAGCGCCAACGGGAGGAGGAGCGCCAACGGGAGGAGCAACGUAGACUCGCCGAACAAGAAGAAAAAGCUAGACAGGAGCGAGAAGCAGCAGCCGAACGUGCCGCUCAGGCUAAUGCGCCUAGUUCCGCAGCUUCUUCUGCAGAGCAAGAUCUUGAGGCAGAGAUUCGGGCAAUGAUGGCGAAGAUGCGGGAAUUGAAUGGCAAAGAUCCGGCAUUGUUAGCAAAGAUUUGGGAGGAGGAACGUCGAGCCAAGGCUCCCAAAUCACCCACGGUUCAAUCGAAGACUGCUCCCCAACCAGUCACCUCAGAGCAAUCUGCACCACAGCCUGCUACCACCCAAGCUUCAGCACCUCAGCCUUCUAAAGCGAACACAGGCACGCCGCGGACCACUAACCAGCGGAAACCGGCAAAACCCAAACCAAAGUCAACCUCUUCAACACCCAUCCAGACAUCGUCUAUCGAGCCACCAGUAUCUUCAACAGCACCAAUUCCGGCCUCUCGAUCCAUAAAAAACACAAUCUGGCCACCUGGAAAGAAGGCACAGCUGGCACAAGCUGCAUCCUCCUAUCUCAAUGGCAUAAACCCUACCAACAAUAUAAGUGAACAACAAGUCUUGGGCUUACUUGAUGGAAAUCCUUCGUAUAUUGAACUUUGUGAGCAACUCGAGGCGUUAGGGUUGAAACUGGAUCGUGCAGCAUUCGCAAAAAAUCUAUUGACAGCUGUGCCCGACAUCAACUCAGCAACACGCGCGCAAUCUCAGGCUAGGGCGAAUCAAGGACCCUCAAACGGUACGUUAGAUGGAUCUAUCGCGCAAAGAGUCCAGGCGCCUCCACCUUUAAUGAAGCCGAAGACCCCUGCUGCUUCAGGCCUUGCCGUUCCGCCGCAUCCAACGCUGUCUACGCACACCGCACCGUCGCCAGUAAUGAAUACACCACAAAUACCUUUUGCUGUGCAAAAUGGAUCUUCAAGCCAGGCUCCUUGUCCGGUGGCUGAGAUGAUACCCAUCAAACCAGAGCUCAAACCUCCAGCGAACAAAGAAGAGGCCGCACGGAAGCGUACUUUCAAUGACUUGAUAGAUCUUACACUUGUCGACGACGAGGAUGUAGAACCAGCGCCUAAGAGAUCGAAUCUUGGCACUGUUUACACCCACGGCACUAAUUCAACCCCGGCGUUCGACACUUCCAUGUAUUCCUCGAAUAUCAUAUCACCACCGCCUCAAGUAAAUGCCAACGAACCUAGCGCAUACCCGCCUCAGACUUUGAGGAAUAGAGUGCUUGCCCAACCACUUGAUAAGAGAAAGGCCCUGCGACGUUCCUCAUAUAAUCCCGCGACCAUUGCGCGAGAUGUACUCCUGGCCAGUGGCAGGCAUCCAGACGCACGCUGCUUGAAUGGGCAUCUCGACGUCCUCAGAUUACAUGCGCAAAUAUCUGUUGAUGCAGAUCUCAGCACGUUGAGAUGGGAUCUAAUGGAUCCUGGAAAUCCACCGAAAGGUUAUUAUCGGGACAGAGCGCAGGAUACGGUCGACGAUGCAGACGACGAGUCUAACAGUGACGACGAAGGCGCCGCUCAAGUGAAACAUGAAAUAGUGUUGCACACCGUCACAACUGGUGGGGACCAGGCACUGCCUGACCCUACUAAUCCAUUUAAGGUUAAGCGGCGUGGGAGACCUCCCAAGAGCGCAUAUACCACUCCUUCUCACACUCCUAUCACCGCACGCGCGACAGAGUCAAACUCGAAAACAAACUCUCCACGACCUAGUCCUGCAGGUGUGGGCUACUCUGCCUUUCGUUCAAUGGAAACCGGCCCAGACGGGCAACCGGUUCCCAAGAAGAGAGGACGGCCUGUAGGCUGGCGGAAAGCCAUUCACGGCGUCUCCGCAGGCCAACCAAGUCCUCUUGCGUCACAAAACACACCAACACACCAAUCCUCUCCUGGAGUACGCAAUCCAGUUGUGAUCAAAUCUCGGUCACCAAGUGUUGCGAGGAGCGCGCCUCGAUAUCAAUCUUUCAAGUGUCGGUGGCGCGAUUGCAAAGCUGAGCUGCAUAAUCUCGAGACCUUAAAGAAACACACGUAUAAGGUCCAUCGGAAAGAGAACGUCCAGGGAAAUGUAGAAUGUCUUUGGAACAACUGCAAUACCCACUUCACUACCGAUGCAAGAUGGCAUGCACAUGAAUCUGAUGCAUACCUUAGCGAUGCUCAAGGUCGACUCGUAACUCCUCGAGUCACUGCGACCCCUUCACCUAGCCUGUCAGACAUGCAAAAGCGGUCUUCACCCGACCAACGCGGACUAGGACGAGGACGAGGGCGGCCGCCUAAAGCUACCUCUCAAGAGCAAGAAGCUCGCGACACCUUCGAUAGAGUAGUCGCGCACAAGAUACGAACCGGCGGCCCAGGCAUUGACCGAGGAGGCGCUACUUUGGUCAAUGAAAAACGCCGCAGGGGAUUUUCUGAAGAUGACCAGGAGGAAGAAGCUUUCGUAGAUAUCGAACCGUGA